CAGUGUAAUGGCAGCCUCCUCUGCACGCUAACACAAGGAACGGCGGAGUUUGAACAAAAGUUCACGUGUAAACUCGCUUUUUGAAGGUAACUAACGGAUUGUUUGAUGUCAGUCGUUCAUGUUAUGUGCUCCAUGCUGAGAAAUAAGAGUGGAUUGGGGUUUUGCACACCGUGACACUCUAGUUGUCGCUUGCAUAACAUGCGUUUGUUUUGCUUUGUAUCGUCGUAUAAAACAACCUCUUUUCCUUGAUAGGAAAGAAACAUUUGAAUGCAGAAUGAUAUUUAAGAAAAACCUUAAAAACCUUUGUUUGUAGCACAUUAAUGAUACUUAAGUGUUAGAAAGGACCUUAUUUGAAAUUAACAAUGGGGGGAGUGCCACAUCUACCAGCAGCUGAACACUUCAUUCAGAAAUUUAAAGUAUUUUUGUAAUAUAACUUAAAUGUAUGUGUCGACACGUCGUGAUGCUUUUAAUUGUCGCGGAUAUUCUGUUUAUGAGUAACCGCGGGAUAUAAUUGAGUGGAUGAAGAUUGUUUAUAUUGUUGCACUGUGGAACUGCUGUAACCAAUCAGCUGUCGGUAUGAUAAUUCCAUUGAUGUGAUUGGCUGGUGCAACCCUUGCCUGUGGUCAGUGGCACGCUUGAUAACAAAAGAUGUCAAAUACAGCAUUGAAUUACCCGAAUGAAUAAAACACAAUCGUCAAAAUUCAUUAUUAUUUCUCAAGAUAAAAUAUAUAGUCUAAAUUAAGCUGUUUUUUGUUAAUUAUUUGUAAAAUAUAUAUAUAUAUCAUUAAUGACGUUUAAGAGUUGAAAACGUACAUAAUAAUAAUAUAUAAUAAAAUAAUAAAUGCAAUAUACAAUAAUAUAAAAUAUGUUUGCAUCAACUACACUAGCAAAUAGUGACUUUAGCAGAAGAGAUCUUAUAUCAAAGUCAUUGUAGAUAGGCCUCUGAUAAUAUAGGCUAGUCUAGUGAAUCUUUAACUAUGGGAUGGUUACAGUAAUCCAUUUGAUGGACUGUGCAAAGUAAAGGUUGACAAUCUUGUAUCUAUCUGACUUUGAGCUCCACAGUUAGAUCACAGGUUCAACGAGAGAAUAUGGCUACAGACGCCGCUAUGUCCCCAAAGAUCACAGUGGAGUUGCUCAGACAGCUCCGGCAGGCUAUGAGGAAUGGCAAGUACAUCACAGAGCCCAUCCAAGCUUACAUCGUCCCAUCAGGAGAUGCACACCAGAGUGAAUACAUCGCACCCUGCGACUGCCGUCGUGAGUUCAUCUGCGGAUUCAACGGCUCAGCAGGUACAGCUAUUGUCACAGAACAGCAUGCUGCUUUGUGGACAGAUGGGCGAUAUUUCCUGCAGGCCAGCCAGCAGAUGGACAAUAACUGGACUCUGAUGAAAAUGGGAUUGAAGGAAACACCAACACAGGAGGACUGGCUCAUCAGCGUUCUGCCGGAAAACUCCAAAGUUGGAGUUGAUCCCUGGAUCAUUGCUGCUGACCAGUGGAAGAACAUGGCCAAGGCUCUGAGCGGCGCCGGUCACUCGUUGGUUGCCGUGCAGGACAACCUGAUCGAUGCCAUCUGGGAGGACCGGCCACCCAGACCCAGCACCAAACUCAUCGCCCUCGGCCUCAAAUACACAGGUCUCUCCUGGCAAGAUAAAAUUUUGUCUUUGAGAGGGAAAAUGGCAGAAAGGAAGAUUUCCUGGUUUGUGGUCACAGCCCUGGAUGAGAUUGCGUGGCUUUUUAACCUGCGUGGGUCAGAUAUCGAGUACAACCCCGUAUUCUUUGCUUACGCUGUCAUCGGCAUGAGCAGCAUAAAACUGUUCGUGGACAGCAAGCGUUUACUGGAGCCUGCGGUCCGAGCGCAUUUGGAACUGGACAGCCAGAGCAAACCGGAGCUGACCGUUCAGUGUUUUCCGUAUGAGUCCGUCUACACAGAACUGCAGGCGGUUUGUGCCGCGCUGACGCCCAAAGAGAAGAUCUGGAUAUGUGACAAGGCCAGUUGUGCCCUUACACAGGUCAUACCAAAGGUUCACAGGUCUGCGAUCCCGUACACACCUUUUUGUCUGGCAAAAGCCGUCAAGAACCCCACAGAGAUCCAGGGCAUGAAGAUGGCGCAUAUCAAAGAUGCCGUGGCCCUGUGUGAACUAUUCGCCUGGCUGGAGGAAGAGAUUCCAAAAGGUACAGUUACAGAGAUAUCGGUGGCAGAUAAAGCAGAAGAAUUACGGAGUCAACAGAAAGAAUUUGUCGGAUUAAGUUUUCCAACCAUUUCCAGUGUAGGACCAAAUGGGGCCAUCAUACACUACAGGCCUCUCCCAGAAACCAACAGGACUCUUUCUCUUAAUGAGCUGUACCUUAUCGACUCUGGAGCGCAGUACCUAGAUGGCACCACAGAUGUGACCCGCACGGUGCAUUUCGGGAAUCCGUCUGACUAUGAGAAAGAAUGCUUUACAUAUGUGCUAAAGGGGCACAUCGCUGUCAGUGCCGCAGUUUUUCCCAAUGGAACUAAAGGUCACCUAUUGGAUUCGUUUGCACGUGCGGCGCUCUGGGAGUCUGGAUUGGACUAUCUGCACGGUACAGGACACGGUGUCGGAUGUUUCCUUAAUGUGCACGAGGGUCCUUGUGGUAUUAGCUACAAAACAUUCGCAGAUGAACCGCUGGAGGCCGGCAUGAUCGUCAGCGAUGAGCCCGGGUAUUAUGAAGAUGGAUCCUUUGGGAUUCGGCUGGAAAACGUGGUCCUGGUUAUUCCUAUAAAAACCAAAUAUAAUUACAGGAACAGAGGUAGCUUGACCUUUGAACCGCUGACUCUGGUCCCUAUUCAGCUGAAGUUGAUCAACACAGACCUGCUCACACAGAAAGAGCGUGAUUGGGUGAACGAUUACCACAGGAAAUGCCGGGAAACGGUUGGGGCGGAGCUACAGCGGCAGGGCAGGAAGGAGGCUCUGGAUUGGCUGAUGCGGGAAACUCAGCCGUUUGUCUGAAACGCUUUUUCAACGCUUUUUCUAAAAUGAAAACAGUCGUCGUUGUGAUGAUGGCAAGUGGUUUUUGUCAUUCUCUCAGUUUUGGUCACUUUCUGCUGCUCUGUUGGAACCGUUUCACUUUCUGCUUCUUUUGUAAAGCACACUCCAUCGGCUCUUUUAUGAUUAUUAAACCAUGUAAAAAAGUGCUGUCUG